CGCUCACCUAAGGCCCAUGUAUAAGAUCGGGUACAAGCAGGUGACUGAGCUGGAGUGGAAGUGUUGUCCAGGCUAUCAAGGAUUCGACUGCAUGGAGCUGAAAGACUUCCCGCCCGCGCCUAGGGAGCUCCACCCAAAUCUAGCCCACAGUCCCCGACAGGAGCAGAGCAUGUUGGGCCCUGAGAAGCUGGAGUCUCUCGCCAGGGAGCAAUGGGGCCAGGCGGAGAUCCUUCCUCCCUGGGGAGAUUCGGGUCAGCGGGGGACGCAGCCCAGUCACCCAUGGCUGCAGGGCGGAGGGGGCAGUGGGAGGGAUCCGGCUGACAACCGGAAGGUUUGGCAGUUGGAGGACGAAGUGCAGCGUCUCUCCCAGAACCUGCUGGAGUUGCAGGCGGCCAUGACGGGCAUGAAUGCCAACCUGCGGCAGGACCUGCAGGAGGAUGCCAGCAAGAUCUUCCUGAGCAUGCUGGGUGGUUUGCGGCAGCCGGCCAGCGCUCUGGGAGGAGGCACGGAGAGCAUCGUCCUGCCGGCCGUGACCCCUGACCCUUUGUCUGCAUCCCUGACAGAACAGCUUCAGUUUCAGGUCCAUGACCUCUCAGACACCCUUGCCUCCAACACCCUGGCCCUCAGAGAGCUGCAGGGACAGGUCCAACAGCAAGAUGGACGGCUGCGCCCGCUAACCGACGCAGCGCAGGGCGCCCUUCGUGACUGCUGUGCCGCCCCUAACUCAACCAAUCAGGGCUCUCUAAAGGACUACGUGGACAGCAAGAUCUCAGCCCUUCGCACGGAGCUGAUGGAGGGCAUGGACAUCAAGAUGGCCGACCUGAAGAACUCCUGCGAGUACAAGGUGACGUCGCUACGCGAGGAAUGCGAGGAUCAGGAGACCAACUACUUCAGCCUGGCGGAGCUGCUCGACUCCAAAGAGGCUGACCUCCGCAAAGAGAUCCAGGAGCUCCGCCUCUCCGUCGGCGGCGGCCCAGGGACAGGGUCCUCCAGCGGGGCAGAGGACGGCCAACCGAACGCCAGGCUCACGAAGAUAGAGGAGGCCCAGCGUGAACUGCUGGCCACUCUGGAACGACAGAACAACACCCUGAGGAAGAUGGAGGAGAGCGGCGCGGAGCUGGAGGGGCGUGUGGGGCUGGCGGAGAGGAGCGCUGAGGUGCACUGCCUCUUCCUGGAGGAGAAGCUGCGCAGGGAGAAGGAGAAGGAGAGACAGGAGGAGGCCGAGGAGCGGAGGAAGGCCCUGGGAAACAGCUCCACUCUGGAGGAGUUAAAGAGGGAGCUGAACACCCACCAGCACCUCAUCCACAGCCUGGAAGGAGCACUCAACGCGACUCAAGAGAAGGGUGAAAAACAAGCCCAGCUGUGUUGCGGUGAGGCGCAGUCUCUCACGCGGCGGGUUAAAGGCCUGGAGAGCUCCGUCUCGGGGCUCAAUGACUCCGUCUCUCAAAGCUCACGGGAGCUCCAGCAGCUGAACGCUACCUGCAGACAUGCUGACAGCGCCGGCCCCGCGAGGGAGAGCCUGGCACAGAGGCUGACCACACUGGAGGAUGCCUGGCCACGUGUGGAUGGCCGUGUCUCCAGUGUGGAGGGAGUGUGUGGGAGGCUGGGACCCCUGUCAGACAGCCUGGGCAGGAUCAAAGAAGGGCUCAGUAAACACGUCACAGGCCUGUGGACGUGCGUCAAGCAGAUGAACGGAACGCUGCGCGCGCACACACGAGACCUCCACGAUCUCUACGAACACACACACACCCUCCAGAACAAGGCGGAACAGACCACCAACACGCCUGUACACUCAGUGCUGUUUGACCAGCAGCAGCUGCAGCCCAGCUGUGGCCCGCUAACUGAAGGCCCACCGCUGAGCUCUCAAUCACCCAGAAAGGGGACUGUUUAA